GGAUCAAAUCAAAUAAAAACAGAAUUAAUUGUAAUAUGAUGUUCUUAUAAUAUCGAUCUCUAUAUAUAUGUCUAUAUAUGGUAAUGGCACAUUUCAGGCGGCGGGAUCGACAUAGUUUUAUAUAUGUAUAUAUAUUUAUAGUGUAUUAAAAGGGUCCUGUACACACCAGACAAACAAGAAAAUGCUUAGAAGCUGUUCUCAUUCAAGUGACAAUUGACGCCAACAUAUUCAAAUAUUCAAAUUUUAUUCAACACAGAUAGUGAGGAAAACUGCAGGCAUGUUCACACUUAAUUGAUAUGUACUCAGACUCAGACUAGUCAUACUGUGUGUCUUAUAUAUAAAUACACACACAAAAACUCUUUUUAGUUCUGAUUCCAUUAUUAGUUUCUACACACCAAUAUGUACAAAUUACUCCCUCAACAAUCUAAACCUCAUGACCAUCAUUUUCCCAUCUCUGAACGCACUUCAACAGUCAUUGUUCCAUCAGAGUUCCUAUCUGAAGCAGUGUUUGCAGGAGAUAGUUUCUGGAGUCUUGAAGCUGCAUAUGGGCGUGUGGAUGGUGUCGUCAAAACAGUCACAGGCUACUGCGGAGGAACUCUCACAAAACCAACAUACAGAGAGGUGUGUGAAGGAAGAACAGGCCAUACUGAAGCUGUAAAAAUCACAUACGAUAACCGGAAAAUCUCAUACAGAUCUCUAUGUGAUGCAUUCUGGGAAACCCAUGAUCCUACGAACAAAGACUUUCUUAAUUUUGGGAUAAGCACACAUUAUAGGUCAGUGAUCUUUCACUCGUCAGAGGAGCAGAGGAAGCUAGCGCAAGAGUCAAAGAUCAGACGGCAGAUGAAGCUCAACAGGAGGAUUGUUACCAAGAUCAUUCCAUUUGAUGGCGAUUUCUUCAUUGCAGAGAACUGUCAUCAGAAGUAUUAUCUGCAGAAAUAUUGUGGGCUUUGUUCAAGUUUGAGUCUUCGCAGCACUGAGCAAUUUGCGGAGUCAAAUAUCGCUUGCAAACUCAAUGGGAUUUUAACUACGGAUUUGAAAGUAAUUAUCGAUCAAUUGGCAACAUUUGUGAAAGCCAACGAGUUGUCGAUGCAGAUAAAGUCAGCGUGCGAAGAAAUAAUUGAGGAUUUAAGAAGAAAAGAAGAAGAAAACAUUCCGUCUCCGAAGACUGCGUCUUAAGGAAUUUUUGUGGCAAGAGAAAUGGUUUGUAGUUUCCAAACUACCUUGGUUUUUUUUUUUUUUUUGGCUCCUUCCCUUUUGAGUGUUCGGAAUGCAUGGAUGAACACAAGGCUGAGCUACACAUCUAAAGGAAAUUGCAAAUGGAGCACUCGAAACAUUUCAACAAAUCAUGUGGUAUUAAUUUCAAGGGGGUAAACCUACCAUACUAACAAUUUUGAUUAUUUUACCCCAUGUGUGCCGGUCUUGUUAAUUAGGCUGUGAAAUGACAAAAUUAAUUUUAUUUUUUUAAUUU